UAAACGUACCGCACCGACAAUUAUGACCGACAACGACAACUUUGACGUUUUCGAGUUGGCGAAAAACCCAGACGGCUACACUUUGUUCAAAAUGGUUUUAGACAACUUCGAAAUCUACAACCAGCACAUCAACUCCGAGGACGAGCACGGCAACACUUUGUUGCACCUGAUAGUUAACCAUUACGAUCAUAUCAACCUGGUGAACCGGCUGCUAACCCUCGGUGCCGACGUCAACAAGAGCAACUUCAUGGAUGAAACUCCCGUCUACUUCGCGUGUAGUAAAGGCAAGCUAAAACUCGCCAAGCUCCUAGUGGAAAAAGGCGCUGAUCUGCGCGUCAAAGACUCCAAGUCGAAGUCGCUCCUACACAUUGCUGUCGAAAAAAGCAACCUGGAGCUGUGUCGGUUUUUAAUCGAACGAGGACUCGACGUCAACUCCCAGGACCACGACGGCGAAACUCCUCUCCACUACGCCGUCCAAACCAAACACAACAAAAUCUUGUUCUUGUUAGUGCAUAAAGCGGACAUCAACAAGCAGGACCACGACGGCUACACCCCUCUGCACCUAGCGGCGAAAACUAGCGUCGAAGUGGUCAACUUCCUCCUCCGGAACAAAGCCUCCACGUCUCUGAAGACGUUCAACGGCGAUUCGCCUCUGCACCUCGCCGCAGCGGCGGGCAAUUUGGCCACUGCGACAGUUCUUUUAAGCUUUUUCAACGUUAACUGCCUGAACAAUGACAAUUACUCUGCGGCACAAUUAGCCGAAAUGAACGGCCACGAAGAGGUUCAGCGGUUAUUGCAGCGGCAUUGUGCUCCACCUAGGGGUCCUGAAGGAAAGAAAGGGAAGCGUAUGUAGUUCGAAGAAUGCGCCGGCGAUUGUGUAAUGAUUGCCUUUUAAUAAAUGUUUUGUGGAAAGUUCGAGGGUUGCGGUGGCACAAAGGCGCUAUUAAUUAAAGUGAAAAUUCCGCGAUCUGGCGAAGUUUUAUUUCGCGAUUGGAUGCUGCCACGCUUCGCGUUGUAAUUAAACUUUGCGGACGAAAAAAGCGGGUCGAGUUGGUAGAUAUGCAACCAGUAAUUCGUGUUUUUAUAAAGCGAGACGGAUUGGUAAUAGUUUUUGUCGGUGAUUAUUUAAGGUAAUAGGCAAUUACUGGGGGGUUUGGCCUUCGUAUGGCUUUCGCUAGUGGUGGUGUGAGUAAAUAUUGAUUUGUCUAGCAAUUUGGGUCGCCGGGACGAUUAUUGUAGGGUAAAAUACACAACUGAAUUAUAUAUUUUUGUUACUUUUUUGAACAGGUAUGAUAAAGAUGAUAUUUAUUUA